AUGUCGAACAACGCGGAAAAGACUACUGUUGUCCCGGAAGAAGAUGAUGAGCCUGAUGAUUGGGACAAGCGCAUCUUCAGCACGGGCUGCCACACUGAGCAGGACAAGAUGAAUGACUGCUACUAUGCCAAGAGAGACUGGCGCGAAUGUAAAGAAGAGAUGGAAGCCUUCCGUGAAUGCUGGAAACGCCAGGGCAACGACCAGCGAACAGAGACCAAAGAUGCCUAA